UGCAUAAAUUAGUCUCAACUCCAAUGUGAGAUACAAAAACCCAAAAUUCGCAGUAGAACUCUGCAACUGAGAAUUUCGACCAGCCUCUUCGCCCUGAUCACAUGCCUUCUGCUAGUAUUAUUCAAACAAACCUUAAUUGAGGCGAAUGGGGAACAAUUUGGCAACCCCGGCGAGGCCCCUGCAAUCUCAAGACCCCACCAACGAAGAUGAACCACCACCACCACUGCCACCCCAGCAGCUGCCCCUCUCACCACUACCACAACCACCGCCUCAACUACCACAAGAAAACCAACCUUCCACCUGCGAAAUUUGCAUCGAACCCAUUAUUUCACCAACCCAGUUAUUCAAAAGCCCAAACAAUGACAAAUGCGGGCCCCACCCAUUCUGCAAGGACUGCAUGAUCAGGUACAUCCAAGCGAAGCUGGACGACAACGUUUCCAAAAUCGCCUGCCCGGCUUUGAAUUGCUCCCAGUUCCUGGAUCCUCAAGCUUGCCGGACCCUUGUGGGCCCCCAACUGUUUGUGAAAUGGUGCGACUCGCUCUGCGAGUCGGCGGUGAUGGGUUUUCCGAGGAGUUUUUGUCCCAACAGGAAUUGCUCGGCGUUGAUCGUGAACGAGUGCGGCGGGACUGUGAAGAAGGCCACGUGUCCCUGUUGCAAGCGGCUCUUUUGCUUCCAGUGCAAGCUUCCGUGGCACGCUGGUUUUAGGUGUGAGGAGAGUGGGGAAUUCAGGGAUAGGAAUGACCGUGCAUUUGGGGUUCUUGUGGAGCAGAAGAAUUGGAUGAGGUGUCCUCAGUGUCAGCAUUUUGUUGAGCUCAUUGAAGGUUGUCAGAUUGUUAAAUGCAGAUGUGCUACUACAUUUUGCUACAGGUGUGGAGGGAAGGUCAAUCGACAUUGGUGCGAUUGUCAGAGACCUCGUAGGGCCUGCAUAUGCUUCUUUUUGAUUCUCUUUUUCCUCUUAACUUUCUGGCCAUUUAUGUUUCUGAUCAUUGAUACCAUAAGAAAUUGUACAUAGGCUAAAAGGAAUUUGAUUGUAUAUUAAAGUUUAGGGAUAGGGAUACUUCAAAUAUUUCUGUACUUGGUAAGUUUCUUCAUCCUGCCAUCUUGAUAUGAGAAGUUACUUCGUAUACUGGAUUGCCAAGUUUAACGAUGAUCCGAGAAUGUGUAAAGAGGCCUAACAAGUCGUUUGUGGGCUCAGCUAUGCGAACUUUCCUCAAGUUCCUUGGUUACAUGUUAACCUAAUUUUCACUGCAGUUGCACAGUUCCAUUUGAUUCUAAUUAACAUAAGUCAAUUAGUAUCUUAUCUUGAGAGGGAAAUAGCAAAGAGGGACCGGGGAGAGGGUACUCCACUAGCAUGGGACCAACAUUACAGCUUAGGUAGACUCAUGCUUUACCUUUAAUUGCUGAAUAGAUGAAGAAAAGGGUAGAACAAGGAUUUGAAUGAUGGGAUCUGAUUUUUUUCCGUCUGCUCUUUGAUGUUGUAUGUAGAUGCCUUGCCUCUUUUUGCUACAAAUGUGGAAGACAGGUCUAUCAGCAUUGGUGUACUUGCGACAGUACUUCUAUGUGCUGCGUAUGGUUCCUUCGAAUUUUCACAGUUCUUAUUGGUGUUUUCGGAGUCCUUUUCCUGUUUUGGAAUACAGAAAGUCGCAAACAUAAUGUAUAGUCUUCUAACACAUCCCCCUACUCUAAUUUAGAGCUGGUAUAGAGAAAGUUGUCAGGCUAAAUUAUCCUUCUCAAACGAACAUCUACAUGUACAUGGACAUGGCUAAGUUUUGCCUUUGACAAUUCAAAUAUGGGGACUUUGGCAGCAGUUUCAUUAGUGAGAUUGGCCUUUGUGUAUGAUUAUUUCACUUAACUCUCUCCUGGUAUUGAAGUGUUAGAUCAGAAUUUUGCUUCGUUGCUACUUCCUUUUCUGCUGCUUUCUCGUCCUACAGGUCUAUCAAUAGCCUAGAGUUUCAUAGACUGUGUCAUCAGGACAUCAAAAAAACCUUCCCUUCACAGGUUAUGAUUACAGGUGUGCAAGGGUGCGAUGUAUACUUGUGCUUCUUUACAGCAAAUUACAAGGAGCA